AUGAAGGCAGCAGCUUUUGGAUCGAAUUUUGGACAAAAUUUAGUUUAUUCGGCAUCAGGGGAAGAACAUGUUUAUGAAGCAAAUGUGGCUUAUCAAGAUUAUUCUCAACAUAUACGUUAUGAACUCCCACCACAUUCUUCUUCAACAAUUAUUGUAGCAGCAAAUCAAUCCCAACCUUUACGUCAUCGUCCUUAUUGUCCUUUAGAAUUUUGGAAUAUUAGUGAAAGAGUAGCAGCCGAAAUAGUUAAUGCAAAUUCUGCAAUGGAUAUGGCACAAUUAUACCUCAAGGUUUUUUUUAAAUUUUUAACUAGGAGAGGGAUGUGA